AUGGAAUUGGCGGAACCGACCGAACCAGACGAUGGGGAAGUCGCAAGGGGCCGGGGAGAGGCGGAAGAGGCGCGAGAGGUGGCGCGAGAGGCGGGAGAGGAGCGAGACUUGGAGCGAGAGGCGGUGCGAGAGGCGCGAGAAUCAGCGCGAGAGGCGGCGCGAGAGGCGACGCGAGAGGCGCGAGAGUUGGGGCGAGAAAUACGAGAGGCGCGAGUGGUGGCUCGAGAGUUACGAGAGGCGCGAGAGGCGACGCGAGAGGUGCGGGAGGCGGUUGGAGAGACGCUAGCGGCGGUUACGGAAGGCGGUGCUCGGUCGACACAGGAGCUGCUUAACAUGAUCUACCGUGCCGUGAACCCCGUGAAUCCCGUGAACCUCGUGAACCCCGAAAACGCGGAUGAUGAUGACUCGUCGUUGGACGACCAUGGCGAUAGUGGCGAUGACAGUGAGGAGGAGGAGGACGAGGAGGCUAAUAACGGGGAUAUGGAGGUGAUGGAAGCGAGGGCUGCGAGGGCUGCGAGGGAUGCGGCGAUGGCGGAGGAAGGGGAGAUUGUUAUGACUGACGAGGGUGAUAUGCUCGACGACGAUACAGACGACGAUGAUAUUGACGAGGAUGAUGAUGAUGAUGAUGACUCGGACGACGAUAGCGAGGAUGAGUAUAACGAGUUUGAGGACCCGCACUAUAACGAGCGGAGGAGGUCCGUCCUGAGGGUCGCGUCCGCGAUAGCAGCAGCCCCGGUAGAUGACUGGAGCGCGGUGAAGGGCGCGCAGGUGCACGAGGAGGCCAAGUACCUGGUGGAUAACGCCUGCUCCACAUACUGCCUGCCCUCGGGGGUGUGCCACCACCAGUGCUGCGACACUCUCGUGGCUGGCCCUGGCCCUGUAGCCUCCACAUGUGCCGCACAAAGCUCUCCCCGGGACGAUGCAGCACCAGCACCAGCGUCACCAUCACACUCCCACUCUCCUUCCUCCGCCCCUUCCUCCUCCUCCGCCCCCCCACCGCCCCCACCGUUCUCCCAAGAAAUCAUAUGCACGGUGCAGCGCAUGGUGACGCUCUACAGCACGGCACGGCGGGAGGUGGUGGCCGUGACAUCGCUGCCCUCGGAGCCCUACAGUGUUGAUAGAUUCGGAGACGUGGUGGUGGCAGGGUGCUACGGCACUGUGUGCCUCUACCUCAUCCGAAGAGAGCUUGUCAAGAAGACAGCUGGUUGGACCCAGGACGGCGCUCCAGAGCGCACCACCGCAUCACACCCCGCCCAUCACCAUCACCACCACUACCAACCACAGCAGCCGCUGAGCAGGGGCAAGGGCGCAGCAGGGGCAGCAGCGGCAGAGGAGGAGGAGGAGGAGGAGGAGGAGGAGGAGAGGGUGUGGUUUGAGGCUGCAGGGAUGGUGGGGGGGUUCGAGAGCAGUCUGAUUGGCUCCUCUAUGUGCAAUUCUGUUCGCUUCGGCACCGUUGGGAACUGGGUGCGCAUGCUAGUGGCCCACCAGAACGGUUAUCUCUACCUCUUCACACUGCCGCCGCCCUUCCAGCCAGCCACGGCACGCCACGUGGGGCGAUCUGAUUGGGUUUUUGGAGCCCAGAGCUUGGAAGACGCUCGGCAGAUGGCCCUGGAGGCCCGGUGCCGAACCUCCCAAGGAGGUCUGGAGAACAGCGAGGCUGGGAAGCAGGAAGGGGAAGCAUUGAGGCGUGCGGUUGCUGCUGGCGAUGCUGCUACAGCCGCCUCCGGUGCUGCUACAGCCGCUGUCACGGCUUAUGGUGGGGGCAGUGCAGGGUUGGAUCUGAGCAUGGGUGCUGCAGAGGGGAGCGAAGGCAGAGCAGCUUCAGCCAAGGCUGCCGCAGUGGCGUCGGCAGCAGCAGCAGCUGCGGUGCCGGCACACUACCCUGCGGGGUCGGUGCCUCUGAAUGUGAAGCUCAACCUGCGAGACUUGACCACUGUGGACAUGCCCACCUCUGCCCCGGUGACUAUCCGUUCAGCCCCAGCAGGCGGGUUGGUGCGCACGUCUGCGCGCCUCGUGAACGCCAUCGGCCCCUUCCCCAUGCCGCUCAACUUCGCCCUUGUCUCGCCCAACGGGGAGUGGAUCGCCGUCGUGGGGGACCUUGCUGCUGUGUGUGUGCUGGAUCGAGCAUGUGGGUUCAGAGUGAGUGGCAUGGCCAGCAGGCGGAUUCCAGUGGCCUCUAGGAGCACCAGGGGCGCCGCUCACGGAUGCCAGUACCUGGCUUGGAACCCGUCAUCCUCGUUACUAGCAGUCUCCAGCGACUCGCUUCAAGCCGUGUACGUGUGGGGCGUGUCCCGCUGUGAGCACCCUCUUUCCCCUCCUCCUUUCUCUCCUCUCCCUUCCUCUCCCCGUCUUUCCCCUCCUCCAUUCUCUCCUCCUCCUCUCUGUCCUCUUUCAUCUCUCACCAUCACACCUCUCUCCUUCUCCCGCCCCACUCGUUGUGUCUCUCGUAUGCAGCACCGCCAACCCUCAUCAGAAGCAGAGGAGCAGCGGCAGCAGAGGGAGGUCGCAAGGGCGGAUGGCCGGUGGGUAGUGGCUCUGGAGGGUCUUCCCCCCACCGCUGUGCCUCAUGCUGCUGCUGACGCUGCUGCUCGUGCUGCCGAUGCUGCUGAUGCUGCCACUGCCGCUGCUGCUCGUGCUGCUAAUGCUGCUGAGGCUGCUACUGCCGCUGCUGCUCGUGCUGCUGCUAGUGCUGGUGCUGCUACUGCCGCCGCUGCUCGUGCUGCUGCUGCUGGUGCUGGUGCUGCUCCUGCUGCUUGUGGCACUCCUGCUGCUGCUGGUGCUGCUGCCGCCGCCGCUGGUGCUGCUGCCGCCGCUGCUGGGGCUGUUUCCGCUGCUGCGGGUGCCGCUGAUGCUGUUGCUGGUGCUGGUCGUGCUGCUGGUGCUGCUGCCGCUGCUGCUCCUCCUGCACGUGCGACAGUGCGGGGAGUGGUGGGGGGCGUGGUGGACGCAGCACAGGACCAACUGAGGCGACGUCUGCACCAGCUGGAGCAGCUGUUGCAGCGCCGCAACCAGCCACCUGUCAGCGACGUGGUGGGGCUCGCAGCGUACUUCCAUCCGGGGGUGCUUGUCUCUACCGAAACCACUGUCUUCCAGUAUCCCCGCAUGGGCGCCUGGUCACCCGCCUCUCACCGCCUCUAUCCCAAGCGCUUCAAGGAGGUGGUACGGCUGCUGUUGUUGGGUCACUACUCUACCGGGCAGUGGGACUACAGUGCUGCUGCUGACAGCCACAGCAACCAGGCACAGUCUGACAGCAGGUACCUAUGGCUGCUGCCCCUGGAAGUGUUGCUUCAGAUCAUUGAACAUGCAGCUACACCACUUUCUGUGUGGAUUAGUGAUUCAUAA